CUUUGUAUGUCAUAGAGGCCUCAGCUACCCUGGCCAACAGCACCCCCCAGGCACACUGCAGAAGCUCCCUGUGCCCAUGGGGCCAUCUCGGCUUGUCCGUGGCCCUCGGCCCCAGGGCAUGCGUUCCCCCUACCGCAGGCCAGGUAUGGGCUGGCCCAGGCCCCGAUUUCCCAGGAUGUUCAAGUGUAGCCGCAGAAGAUAUCAGCAGGGUCUCCGAGGUCGAACUGCCAGCAGUGCAGCCAUCAAUCCUGCCACCAGGGCCAUGGGUAUCAACAACACCCACACUGACACCACCAUAGUGUGGAUCUUCCCACCUCAAGUUCUCAGACAUCUCUGGCAACCUGGGAUUUUUCUGAUCCUCUAGAAGUGCCCAGAAGCUAGCCCAGAAGCUUGGUUUGCCCUGGACCUGCAUCUCCUAGGGGCCGUGUGGGUGGUGAACAACAAAUAUAGUCAUUCUGCUCAAA